UCCUCGUUACCGACCUUGAAAUCCUUCGAUGUUGCAUGCUGCGAUAAUCAUCACUGCUGCAUACAACUUGUAGUUAUCCUAUUGAGUGUGUCUAGGAAUACAAACGUUGUGCUCCAAAGCACCACUCUGGCGGGUCACCUUUGGUGUACGAGUACUAGUACUCGUACAUAUCCAAACCGGCAUUUGCUCCCGGAUUUUUCUUGGGAAACUUUCUCUCGAGACUGGAAGAUUUGGAAGAGUUACUUGAGUAACCUUCUUGGGAACAUUUGUAGCUAUUUUCCCAAUCAGACCACACCACGAAACAGCAAACAAGCAGACUAGCAUUCUGCCUGUGUAUUCGAAACGAUUUUCCAGUGCCGCCUUACAUCGCAUCCAACCUCGGGUGGGUCUGUAUCAGUACCUACUAGGGACCUAGUAGGUAUCGUUCUGUACCCCACGAACAAAGGUUGUGACGAAGAUCAAUGCGAUAUACAGGAGGUCUUUUAAGGAGGGGUUUAACGGGAAUUCGACGGCCAACUUCCGAAAACAUCCUCUGGUCUCCUUCGCAGAAACUCCAGAUCAACAUAAGAUAUAAAUCCACUUCACCCAUCAUCGAUAAAGGUAUCUUUCACCCGCAAUAACAACCCCGCUCUCCCCUCAAUGCUCCUCAAACCAGAACCAGAACUGACCAACAACCACAUUAGCCAUGGAGCAAGUCAACACUACAGAGCGCCUCACUCGUCUGAGGGAACUUAUGAAACAGCACAAGCUAGACAUCUACAGUAUGUGAGUGAUCCAAAUCCAGCUUUCUGUCAAUUGUUGACAAGUCCUCCAGUUGUACCUAGCGAAGAUAGCCAUGCGUCCGAAUACAUCGCUCCAUGCGAUGCACGACGAGAAUACAUAUCGGGCUUUUCCGGAUCUGCUGGAUGUGCAGUCAUCACCCAUGAGAAGGCAGCUCUUGCUACCGACGGUCGAUACUUCAACCAAGCCUCGAAACAACUCGAUAGUAAUUGGCUUUUGCUGAAGCAAGGUCUACAAGAUGUCCCAACUUGGCAGGAGUGGUCUGCGGAACAAUCAGAAGGAGGGAAAAUUGUUGGUGUAGAUCCUACGGUCAUAGGGGCUCCAGAGGCAAGGAAGCUGUCAGAAAAGAUCAAGAAGCGGGGAGGACAAGACUUGGUGGCAGUGGAAGAGAAUCUGGUCGACAUAAUCUGGGGCAACGAUCGACCACAGAAACCUACCGAGCCCGUCAAGAUUUUACCACAACAUUUCGCAGGAAAGGAGGUCAAGACUAAGCUGGAAGAGUUGAGGAAAGAGUUGGAGAAAAAGAAGAGUUCAGGAAUGAUUGUUUCGAUGCUGGAUGAGAUUGCGUGGUUGUUCAACUUGCGAGGAAACGAUAUUCCAUAUAACCCGGUUUUCUUCUCUUAUGCCGCAAUCACUCCUACUACCGCCACACUCUUCAUUAAUUCUUCUAAGCUCAGUAGCGAGUGCAAGACUUAUCUGACGGACAAUCGUGUUUCGAUACGGCCCUACCACAAGAUUUUUGAUGAUAGUGAAGUAUUGUCUAAAUCUCUAGAUCCAACGGCAGAAUCGGUGCCUGAAGCCAAGAUCAAGAAGUUCUUGGUAUCAACCAAGACCUCUUGGGCACUGAAGCGAGCAUUAGGGGGAGAAGCCAAAGUGGAAGAAGUUCGAAGUCCUAUUGGUGAUGCCAAAGCUGUCAAGAACGGAACGGAACUUGACGGCAUGAGAGCAUGCCACAUUAGGGAUGGAGCAGCGUUAACCGAGUACUUUGCUUGGUUGGAACACCAACUGCUUGUUGAGAAAAAGGAAUUGGACGAGGUUACCGCAGCAGACAAGUUAGAAGAACUGCGGUCGAAAAAGAAGAACUUUGUUGGACUGUCUUUUGAUACGAUAUCUUCGACAGGUGCAAAUGCUGCUGUCAUACAUUACUCGCCUGAACGAGGUAAUUGUGCUAUUAUCGAUCCGAACGCUGUAUAUUUGUGCGAUUCAGGUGCUCAAUAUCUUGAUGGUACGACGGACACAACUAGAACGCUACAUUUUGGAGAACCAACGGAGAUGGAGAAGAAAGCAUAUACUCUUGUUUUAAAAGGCAACAUUGCUUUAGAUUUGGCUGUGUUCCCCAAGGGCACAAGCGGAUUCGCUUUAGAUACUCUGGCGAGACAGUUCUUAUGGGUAAGCCUACCCCACCUUUUCUAUCUCUUUCCCCCCAAGAACCAAAAUCAAUGCAACAAGUGCUAACAUUCCAACAGGAAGAAGGGCUAGACUACCGCCACGGAACCGGCCACGGCGUAGGCUCCUACCUCAACGUACACGAAGGACCUAUCGGAAUCGGCACCCGAAUCCAAUACUCGGAAGUUCCCCUGGCACCCGGCAAUGUGAUCUCGAACGAGCCGGGGUACUACGAAGACGGCAGCUUCGGGAUCCGCAUCGAGAACAUCAUCAUGGUCAAGGAAGUCGAGACGUCGCACAAGUUCGGCGAGAAACCGUACCUGGGCUUUGAACAUGUCACGAUGGUGCCCUAUUGCCGCAAGUUGAUUGAUGAGAGUCUGCUGACGCGACGCGAGAAGAAUUGGUUGAAUGAGUAUCAUGCUGAUAUUCAUGCGAAGACUAAGGAGUUUUUGGAGGAGGGUGGUGUGGCGAUGAAGUGGUUGGAGAGGGAGACUACGCCGAUUUAGAUAUCGCGUCUCUUUUUUCCCUCUCUGUGUUUCUCGUCUUGCUUCUGGUUCCACCUUUUUGGGAAGUGUGUGCUUUUUGGUGGAAUGGUAGAUAGAAGUUUUGGGGAUGGAUGGAUAUCAUUCUCUACCCCUUCCUUCCUUUUUUGGUCAUUGGGAUAUGCAUUGAUACAGUACAGUACAUUGUAUAGCAUUGCAUAGCAUUGCAUCGCGUCCAUUCAUCUAUCUCUCUUUCUCAAGUUCCAACAUCCUGUU